CGAAAUAUUUGUUCAUCCCUAGCUGGGCACUUUGAAACAACAAGUAAGCCGCAGUUGCCUAAAUAUUGUUAUUAACUUAAUGCUACGCCCAAGACACACGACAACAUCAGCAUGGGCAUUCUAGAGAAGAUUGCGGAGAUCGAGCGCGAAAUUGCGCGCACCCAAAAGAACAAAGCCACUGAGUACCAUUUGGGCCUGCUUAAGGCCAAGCUAGCCAAGUACCGGUCCCAGCUGCUCGAACCGACGAAGAAGGGCGAAAAGGGCGAAGGAUUCGAUGUGCUGAAGAGCGGCGAUGCGCGUGUCGCUCUUAUUGGAUUUCCCAGUGUGGGCAAGUCCACAAUGUUGUCCACACUGACCAAAACCGAAUCGGAGGCUGCGAACUAUGAGUUCACCACGCUGACCUGUAUACCCGGCGUGAUUGAAUACCAGGGUGCCAAUAUACAACUGCUUGAUUUGCCGGGUAUCAUUGAGGGAGCUGCGCAGGGCAAGGGACGUGGUCGCCAGGUGAUUGCCGUGGCGCGCACUGCGGAUUUGGUGCUGAUGAUGCUGGACGCCACCAAGCCGAAUGUGCAUCGCGAACUGCUGGAGCGGGAGCUGGAAUCGGUCGGCAUACGUCUGAACAAGCGCAAGCCAAACAUUUACUUCAAACAGAAAAAGGGCGGCGGUCUCAGCUUUAAUUCCACCUGCGCCCUGACGCGGUGCAGCGAGAAAAUGGUCCAAAUGAUUCUACACUCGUUCAAGAUCUUCAAUGCGGAGGUUCUGUUCCGCGAGGACUGCACAGAGGAUGAGUUCAUCGAUGUGGUGACAGCCAAUCGCGUCUAUCUGCCCUGUUUGUAUGUGUAUAAUAAGAUUGAUCAGAUCUCGAUUGAGGAGGUGGAUCGACUGGCGCGAGAGCCCAACUCCAUCGUGGUCAGCUGCAACAUGAAGCUCAAUCUGGACUAUAUGCUGGAGGCGCUCUGGGAGGCACUCCAGCUAAUUCGGGUGUACACCAAGAAGCCCGGUGCACCGCCAGAUUUCGAUGAUGGUUUGAUUCUGAGAAAGGGUGUCAGUGUGGAGCACGUGUGCCAUGCGAUUCAUCGAACGCUGGCCGCACAGUUCAAGUACGGACUGGUGUGGGGCACAUCAACGAAAUACUCGCCACAGCGCGUGGGCAUUGCCCAUGUCAUGGCUGACGAGGAUGUUAUUCAGGUGGUCAAGAAGUGAAUCGCUAGCAACGCAACUGCAUUUGUUCAUCUGCUUGUUGUUGUCUGUUGUUGGCAUCAAUUGCGUUGAAAAAUAUAUAUUCUAUUCUACAUAUAUAAACUGAUUGAUUCUGAUGUAUCAUCUGGAAAGGAUUUUGUCCUUUGGAUGUGUGCGAAACUGUUAGUGUUGAUUGUAAGGAAAGAAUUAUAUCAUUUAUAGAAGCAGGCAACUGUUUCUUCUGGUUGAGUUUUAUGUUUUACGCCCAGUUUUAGAUAGUUCCACAGAAACUUGUCCAAUUUGGGUGAACAAUAAAAGGGCACUAAUCAGUAAACUA